AUGACUUUGAUUACUAUUUUUGGUUGUCUUUUAAUUUUAAAAAGUUUUGGUUCAAUUAUAGCAGAUUCUGUAACUUGUGAAACCCACAUUCCCAUUCCAACAUUUACAGAAGAAAAUGGAAUUGAUACAAAAUUGCCUAGAGGCUGGUACAGAAUAGGAACGUUAACAAUAAGACAAGACCAUGCUUGGUUUAAUCUCUACAGGAGAAGAGCGACCGGACUUGGUUAUUGGGACUUUUACACUCAAAUACCCGAAAGAAGUUGUGUUGGUCAUUUUGGUUUACAUGCAGGAGAAAAUAUUGCUGGGUCUGUUACUGUGAAAGAUAAAAGGUGUUUUGACCGUUUGGUUAUGCAAAUUGAACGAAAAUCAACAACCGAAAAAUUUGAUGUUUUUCAAUGCAGAAAAUGUAUUUUUAAUUCUUGUUGGUUAGGAAAUAGAAUUUUACACGAACAAAGAACUUAUCUGACAAAUUUACGGUCUUAUUAA